GUUAUUGACAAUAGCGAGCGAAGAGCGCAAAUCGCAAAUCGAAACCAUUUUGCAAUAAGUCCGAAUUUAUUGCAAAAACGAAACAAUCGCGGCGCCUUCGCAAUCGUGGAAAAAAAAACGAAAAAAGGCUGAGAGGCCAGCGCAAAAUCGAAGAAAAAACUGUGUAUGUGCGUGCGUGAAUUUCAUUUCUACAAUUUACUGCAAUGUGUUAGUAAAACUAAACCGAAGAAAUUGAUUAAUUCUACGAAAAAUAUAUUAAAACAAAAACAACAAAUUUAAAACCUAUGCGUAAGCGUGUGACGACAAAGAGGAAAAGUGCAACAAAUACAUGAAUACAAUUAAUAGAUCAACGUGAAGCCUAAAUCAAAUCCCUAGUUAACCAAAAUCACCAAAAUAUUUUCAUAAUUUUUAAGAAAUAUUUUAAGUGUGACAGCAAGUUCUGGAAUUCCUAAAAAAAGUAAUUUUUAAAAACGAAUCAACUGCAAACCAAUUCGAAUCGAAUCAAAUCUAAUUGAUUCGAUUAACAGCUGUGCUGUACACAUGCACCUGUGUGUGUGAGGGGGGUGCGUGUACGUGACGUGUUUAGUGUGUAUGUGUUUUAGUGUUAGUGGCGAAAAUUGAAACGCCCGCUAAACAAAGUCAAACGCUAGAUGGCGCUGUCGCUGCCGCCCAAGACCAGUGUUGUUGUUGUUGUUGAUGUUGAUGCUGCAGCUAAUAAAACGCGGAAAGGCAAAUUAUAACCGCCCACCAACCCCACAACACAAAACCACCCCCAAUAGACAGUCGGAUAAAUAAAUAAAUUUCAAUUUAUUAGCAUAACAAAAUCAACUCCCCAACAGAGAAUAUAAUAUUAAUAACAAGUGUUUUCGCAUUACCCAUCGUCGCUCGGCUCAAAUUGCGUCGCGUCGCGUCGCGAUCGUCGCUAGUCCUCGGAUCGGAUCGGAACGGAACAUUAUAGUACGGACGGUUACGGAUCAGAUCGGAUCAGUUGGCAGUCGGUGGCACCUGUCAACGCAACGCUAACCGCUAUUAUGCAUCGGCGUCGUCGACUGGCCAGUGCAACAAUCGCAUUCGAAUUGGCGGGCGAACAGCAGCUAAAACAACUGACAGAACGCAAAUAAAUGUAUAAACAGUCAAUAGCAAAUUAUAACCCGUAGUUUUACCAACCGAGGGUGUACCGUAACUUUUUCCGUGGCCCAAAUAAUCCAAGAAUCGUCUGCAAUCCUGGAUUAUUUGCUAAAGACUUUGCGCACGCUGAAAUCCAAUUCGAUUAUGGCCGAGAAUCAAAGUGCAGCCAGCGAAGAUUCCGGUCACCAACAGCAGCAGCAGCAACAACAGCAACACCAGCAACAUCAGCAACCACUAGCCGCCACAUCAGUCACCGCCGCUUCAGCCACAUCGAGCUUAGCUAAUCAGUCGCCCACGAACUCGCAGGCCUCAUCGCCAGAAAAUUCCCAGGAAGCAUUGCCCCUGGUGCGACGCCAAUCAUCAUCAGCAGCAGCACCAGCAGCAACAGUUGCAGCCACAAGCAGUAACACUCCGCAGCAGCAGCGCAGCAGCAUCAGCAACAUGUUCGAUCGUACGGUGAAUGCCAAGUUCAAGCCGGCCGCUUCAAACGCCGGACCCGGCAACAAUCCGGGUCGCAGGAACUCCAUGCUGACACCGGCCCGAGGGGUCACUGUUGGCAGCACUGGCGGCAACAUACGCAAGCUGACCAAGGUCAACUCCUUGACUAGCAACCAUCAUUUUGCUGUGUGCUAUCCCCCCAGCAACAUCUAUCAGAACAGCAACAAUGCCGGCAGCAACUCGGCUUUGCAGCGCACCACCAGCGAAAGUUUGCGUCUAAAUUCGCGUGUGGCAGCAGCGGCAGCCACAUCGGUGUCACGGGCCAGUAGCAACUCCAGCCUGGCCACGUCCACCUCCACAUCGCUGGUCCCCAAAUCCAGCAGUAGCAGUGGUGGCAGCAACUCUACCCCGCAGCAACAGCAGCCGGUGAGCAGCAGCAACAGCAGCAGUGGAGGCAGCAACAACAGCGGCGGCUACACCAAGGCCAGUUCGCCCAACAAUAAUGGGGCACGUACGGUGGGCGGUGCAACUGCAGCGGUAGCGGCAGCAGCAGGCAGCCAUCACCAUCAGCCACAUCACCACCAUCAUCACCAUCACCAUCACCAGCACCAGCAUCACAACCACCAGCAGCAGCAGCAUCAGCAUCAGACUAGCCUCAGCCAAGGACACGCCUCGUUGACCGUCGCCGGUGGCGCAGCUGCGGCUGGCGGUGGCGGGGGCGGAAGCUCCUCGGGGGCCACUGGAGGUGCCACCAAUCGCAAACCAAAGACGACUUCCUCAUUCGAAAUCACCUCGGUGACGGUGGGCCAUCCCAAGCUGAAUGCUGCCGGCGAUACUGGAGACGAGUCGGCCGAUGAUCUGGACGAAUCUCACACGGAUGACAAUAGUCGGAUAACGGACCUGGAGAACGAGACGCCCUCGAUGUCCGAGGACACGUUCUCCAAGGAGGAGGUGUACUAUGCCAACAAUGCCCUCAGCACGAAUGCGCCGGUGAUACCGACUAGCUCGCAAUACGGCCUCGUGGUGGUGGAUCCCAUUGGUCCGUCGCUGGGCCAGACGAUCCAGAAUGUGCAGGUGAACGUGUCGGAUAACAUUAUCAAUGUGGUGAGUGGUGCCGUCACACCGGGCGGCACCAAGAAGAAGGACGACAUCAAGGAGACGCAGCAUCGCAGCGAGCGGUUCAAGGUGGUCAAAAUCGAGUCCACGGAGCCGUUCAAACGGGGUCGCUGGAUGUGCAUGGAUUACCUGGACCACUCGAGUGUGGGUAAUGGUGGUAAUAACAACGAAAAGACUGGCUCUUCUACUUCCGAUGCGCACGCAGCCACGGCUGAUGGUGCAGCAGGUGUUGCCGGUGGGUCUGAGGCCCUGCCGCACAAGACCACCCAGAGUAUGAUUCUGCCGCCCACCCAGAAGCUGAACGAGAAUCAUCUGGAGGCCAACUCGACCGAUGCCAAUUGGAACUAUCCCGAGCAACAGCAGCAGCAGCAGCAGUCGCAGCAGCUGUCGCAAUCCCAGCAGCAAUCCUCGCAGCAGCAGCAGCAGCAACAGGCUCAGAUAAGUGCCACACCCAGUGGGGUGAUGACAGCCCCCGCCACAGUGGUGCACGGCAUGCAUCAGCUGCACAUGGAGGCCCAGCAGCAGCAGCAACAGCAACUCUUCGACAGCGUCAAUGCCAAUGCCAGUUCACCCAAUCCGCCCGGUGACCCCAGCAACUUGGAUUACGCUCGAACGGCGGCCAUGCAGUUGCAACAAACGCUGCAGCAGCUAAAGCAGCGCGAGGAGGCCAUGGACGUGCCGCCAGGGGGCUAUCCAAAUUACCAGAACGGCGGCGAAGUUGCUGGCGGGGCGGCAAACAACAACAACAGCGGUGGUGCAGCAGCUGGCGAGUCGCAGCUCAGCACCAGCUAUGUGGAGCAGCAGCAGCAGCAGCCGCUGUCGCCGGCCCCACUUACGCCCCAGGCCACGCCCACAUUCGCAGCUGUUGCUGCCGGGCAAGCGCCAAACUUCCAAAUGGAGCAACAGCAACAACAAGCCACAUCGCAGAUUGACGGGAUAGUCUCACAGCCAUUUAAUCAGCAGCAGCAGCAGCAGACCCCACAGCAAUCGAAUCCACAGCAAACGCCUGCAGCAGCAGCAAUACCAUCAGUUGCUGCAGCACCACAACCACAACAGACUUCAAACACUUCCAAUGCAGCGGUAACCACUGGCCAGGGUCAGGGUCAGACAUUGCCGCUGUUAUCACACAUGACCAGCUACGAGCAGCAGCAGCAGCAGCAGCAGCCAAAUCUAGGAGCAGCAGCUGCAGCAUCAGGAGGCACGGCACCAACAUCAGUGGUUGCAUCGCCAGCAAUUCCAACGCUGCAAUUGCAGAGUGCUCCUUCAACAAUUGCUGAUCCACAGCAAUUGAUGGUGCCACAGCAGCAGCUGCAGCAGCAGCAACAGCAGCAACAGCAGCAGGAGGAGCAACAGCAGCAACAGCCACAGAUUCCGACAACAAAUAUCGCGAGUGCUAGUGCCAAUAAUAGUAAUCUUAACCUUACGAAUACGAGUGUUGUGGCCACCGCCGAAGCCUUGUCAAUCGCGCUGACCUUGACCGAUGAACAGGCGACCGCGGCAAACGCUGCAGCUGCAGCCGCAGUUGCAACCGGAGCUGCAGCAGCAACAGGAGCCACAUCGACAGCAGCAGCAACGCAACAGCAAAUUCAACAGCUACAACAGCAACCAAAUGCAGAAUCCGAGACUGAAAGCUUUAGACACGUCGCCUCCAUCCACGGCGGCAGUCGGAAACGGGCCUUUAGCAAUCCCCACAUCGGAGGAGGGCCCCAUGAUCCCACUUUUGUGCACCGCCUGAACCCGCAGCUCUACUACUACAACAAAUCGCAGUCGGGUCGCAGUUCCUUCUGCGUGGACGAAUCGCUGUGGCCCACGGGCAAUCCGAAUGGAACGGCCAGCGAUACGAAUUUGUACAUGGGUUCCAGUACGGAGGAGGAUUACGAGGAGGCCAUUGAUCAGUUCUCGCCCACGAUGUACACUCGGUCAGCGAGCCGGGCGAUUCCCAUACCAAGUAGUGCGGGCAGUAGUCCUCAGCACCAACCGCAUUCGCAUCCGCAUGCGAAUCCGCAACCAAAUCCGCAACCGAAUCGGAAUACUCAUAUGCAUUCGCAGUUCCAUCACUCGCAGCCGAGAAUUGCGGCUGGAAUUGGUUUGGUGGGUGGUGGUGGUGGUGGUGGUGGUGGUGCUGCUGGACAUGCGACGACUGCUGCCUUUAGUGCCAGUCCCUCGAUUUACGCCUAUCCGCACUCGCCCUUUUAUGCCAGUUCGCCGGACACGUCGCUGUCGUCACCAGUUCAAGUGUCCGGGCUGCCAGGACAUCCAGGACAUGCCAGCUCACGCAUAUCAUUCAGCUACGAUCCCGCCUUUCAGCGAUUGCAAGUGCCCGUCAUCUCCGGCGACCGAAGGCCGCGAUCGCCGCUGGAAUGCGCCACCGUAUUUGCCGCUGUGGCCGCAGCAGCCACUUGCGGUGGUGCAGCGGACACCAUGCUCAACAACAGUGCAUCUGGAACAAGUGCAGUUGCGAUUGACAACAAAAUCGAACAGGCAAUGGAUCUGGUCAAGUCGCAUCUCAUGAUAGCGGUGCGCGAGGAGGUGGAAGUUCUGAAGGAGCGCAUCUCCGAGCUGAUGGACAAGAUCAACAAGCUGGAGCUGGAGAACAACAUUCUCAAGUCGAACAUCCCGCAGGAGACGCUGCAGCAGCUGCAGAUGCAGCUCCAGAUCGCUGGCAGUCAGCAGCCUGCGGCAGUGGCCGCUCCCCCGGCCACGCCCGCCAUUCAGGCGGCGCCGGCGGUACAGAGUGCCGUUGCCGCUGCCGCGGGUCAGGCAGGGCAGGGUGGUCAGGUGGCCGCCGGUGCGGCGACGGGAGUUGCCACCAGUCCAGCGUCCGCAGUGGCGCCCACGACCAUUCCCAACGGCAGCGCCGAGAACGGCGGCAGUGCAGUCGAGUCAGCGGUAGCGGUGGAGCAGCAGCAUGUGGCGGCAGCAGCAGCAGCAGCAGCAGCGGCAGCAGCGGCGGUACCCACAGCCAACGGUCCCAUGUCCUAAGCUGUGCUGUGGCCCAAAACACAGUGUUUGUUUUUUAAGCGCCCACGCUCCGGCAUGUGGGGGAAAAUGAACGUUUUUAAGAAUGAAAACCGUAAUGUAAACUCAGCCUGGUCUCUUUCUUAGCCAAGGAGACGGGGCCGAGGAGAGCAGCGAAAGUAUUAGGCCACUAACAACAACAACAGCAGCAGCAGAGAUGCCAACAUGUUAAGUUCAUGUUUGGCUAACCUGCAGUUAAGGACUGUUAUGUUGUUUCUGGCUGUUAAGCUGCUGCAGCCGCCGUUUUGUUAAUUUCUCGAUUGUGAUAUUUGUUUAACACACCACACACAGACUACACACUCACCCAUAUAUGUACACACACAUCCAUAUAAACACACACAAAAAAAAAAAACACAGAUAGACUGCACGCUAACAGCGACUGCGGCUGGCGCUGUUACCGUCCGCUGUUAACUCGAACGAGUAUAGGAACUCAUUUUAACUUGCGCUGCUGCGCUUCCAUUUUUUGUUUAAUACUUUUUAUUUUUGUUUACCCGUUUGUUUCCUCGUUGUUAACGCUACAAAUAAAAAAAAAACAUGAAAAUCAUAAACAAACACACCCAGAAAAACACAACAACUUACUGAACUGGCUGCAAAAUAAUACUUGAGGAAAGUAGAAUUUCAGCCAGAGGAGAAAAAAAAAUAUGCAGAAAUACAAAUCGAUAAAGUGAAAUAGAGUGCCAGGGAAAACACAGAGAAGAAGGAGAAGAACAGAAGGGAAAUUUAUUGAAAAAAUAUGUGAUAAUUUGCAUUGUGCAGUCAGAGACAUAAGAUGUAAAUUGUAAAAAACAUAAGCAAACCAGAGAAGUAAAGGACAGGAAAGUAGGAUUCAAAUUUCAAAACAUAUUAAACUUUGAUCGAUAAAUACAAAUAUAAUUUAACAAAACAAGAAAAGGCCAGCUGCUAUUUUUAUAAUUUAAUUUUAAUUACUACUUUUACUGUAAAGAAAAAGAACACAGCACAUAUUAACUACAUCAUAAAUAUGAAUAUGUUUCAAAUUAAACAAAGCGAUAACAAGAAACGUAGAAAAUUGUAGUUAUUCUAGUAUUUCUCAAGCUAUAUUUUUAAAGAUUGUAUAGCUAUUCAAAAACAAGAUAAAAAACAACAACCAAACAAAACGAAAGCUUAUCAAAAUUGUUUGUUAAACUCGUAAACUAUCUGCAAAACGGAAAACCAAAAUAUAUCUGUAAAUAUUGUGUAAAACUAAAUACUAAAAUUGAGAACAAACUUCUAAAGUCACGAUAAUGGAGAUCCAAUGCAAGGAAUAUGAAAACACGAAAAUAACAAAAUGAAAAGCUACAUUUUUAAGAUGAAAAAAACCUCGUCCUAUUUUUGUUAUAACUAUUUAGUCGUUAAUUUUGCAUUAAUCUUAAUUUGAAAAUUUCUCGAUGUUUAAACGAAAUCUGUUAUAGGAUUUUCCAACAUUUUCUUUUUUGUUUCCCACCCCCACACUCUACGACAGACAAACCCAUAAAGAUGAUCCAUGAAAAGAAGCUGAACUGCUGCAGCCAUAGGAUGGAAGUGUGAAUAGCUAAAGGGCAAAGCUCCAGAGGAGAUCCCUCGCCUCCCAGAGUUGUCCAUGUCCGAAGUUGGCCGCCCCGUAGACGCCGAGUUUUGUAAUGCUUAAGUGCACUCGUUUGGGGGCAGGGCACCAAAACCUGCCCCAAAGAUCCAAUGCCACACACAAUGCAGCCUGCGGAGACUCAAAUUGUCUAAGGCUAGCGUGGAAAGUACUAAAAACUAAAGUCCCACUCUGGUGUGGACCAAUCCAAAUGAAAGAUGAAAAACGUGAGAAGUAAAACCAAAAAUAAUACUCCAACUGAAGUGCCCAAAACUAGCAGUCUACGGGGCCAAACCAACCGAAGGGCAGAUCGGACAGACAAACGGACGGACAAACAGACAGACAAAUGGACAAAAGGACGACCAAUGCCAUCCCCCCCGAUCCCAUUGUAAUUCUGUUGAAAGUAUUUUCCCUUUAUGAUUUUUUAAUUCAAUUUAGAAAAUCAUCAUCAUGCGUUUCAUGUUUAGUUUUUCUUCUAUGAGUUUUACAAUUUAAGCCUCUUUUUAAGCUAACUAUUAAUUUAUUAAUUAGUUUGUAAGCGCAAAAAUAAUUAAAAUAAAUCUAAACAAAUAACUACAAGCAAACUAUAUUAAAAUAAAGGAAAAAAUAAAACUAUAUUGAAAACCAAAAUAA